AGCUGCGCACUGCAUGCGCACACUGCGGCUGACGCGAAGCUCUAGAACCGGGUCACAGUAAUCAUAGAGCUGGGUCCUAGCUCUAUGCAGUAAUCAUUACAUCUCAGCGGUGACCGUGUCAAGUUAUUAGUCUGUUGCUGCAGUGUGGUUUUAUGAUCAUUGCUAGACCAAGAACAGUGCGGAUCAAAACCAUUUGGGAGUCGAUUUUUUGCAGGCAAUCCCCUUUCUUUGCACAUAAUCUUUUGCAACUUGAAUUUUACUGACGGAAGAACUGCAGAACUCAGCCAUGAAGUGGUCUGUUGAGUUGAUAGUGUGUGCUCUUGCACUUCUGUCCUACGGUGUCAAUGGUGCGCCCGACUGUUUGGACACGUUCACUUCUGAACAGUGUGUGGAAUACACCGAAACAGGUGGUGGAAGGAUCGUUCUGUCUGGCAACCAGUUUGAUGACGACAUGCAAGAUCAGCUGAAAAUGGUGAUGGCCAACAUUUCUAAUCAGUACGUCAUAACAGAAGUUGAGCCGCGGCAUAUCGUCGUCACCACUGUGAACAUCGUCACCUCAGUUGGCGUUUCCCAGACAAACGAAGUGACUGUGUAUUUCUUCGUUGCCAACCCGACCGAGUCUGUUGUCAUGCCGAUUGCCUUCAGAUCGAAGGAGUUGUACCUCAUGAUGACUAUGAACAAGGACAAAAUUGAGGACAUGCUGGAGUAUGAGAUUACCGCUUUGGAGCCUGGAAUUGAGGAUCAAUUGCCUUUACCUACAUGGGCUCUAGCGAUCAUCGUCUAUGUCGGGUUGGUGGUUGUCGUUGCUCUCAUCUACUUGGGAACUUCAGACAUCCGAAGCCAAUGGAGUGCAUCAAGCGAAGAGAAGCUUCGCAAGGCAGUCAUGGGAGACAGUGACAUGCAGAUAGAUCCAGAGGCCGGUGUCCCAGAAAACGGCAACAAGCCAGCCAAAAUGUAUCGAGAGGACCAAACCUCGUUUGGGGUACAGGCGAGCAAACAAGACAUAGCGGUUACUCUUGGCAUCACCUACGCAACAGUUGAAGAAAAUGGCAACGUCACCAAAAGUCCGAAUCCAGACGCACCACCACCGCCAAAUCCCCCAGAAUACAUGGAAGUCAUGCCAGAGGGCGCCACACCACCGACAGCAGACACUGCCGCGUCAGAAGCCACUCCUGCCGGCGAGGACAAGCACGAAGCAGAGGCUACCGCUGCACUGGAAGGUGCCAUUAACCAAGCGUACGAAGAAACGCCCGAAGACAAGACUACGAGUCUUUAGAAUUUUUUGUAUGAAAAAUGGAACAAAGGAGAAUUUAGUACUACUAAUAGUGAAGAACUAGAACGACCACACCUACUCUUCAAAAUAUAAAUAUUUGAUUUUUUUUAAAGAUGUAAUACAAAUCAGCUUUUAAUUACCUUUUAAAAAGAGUUUGAUUUGAAUCUGUCCUAAAAAGGUGGAUGAUUGACUCUUUAUUAUGCCAUUUUGCAUUAAUUGGAUUUGUAACCAAGAAAGAAUUGUUAAUGUUUAUUCGCAUGCAUUUUUGUACAUUUUUGCAAUGAAACUUCAGAGAAAAAUGUAAGAUAUCGGCGUCUAAACUCAACCCCAGAAAGAGUUAGUAGGCCUAAUAUCAUUGUGUAUCAACAUAUAAUAUCGAAACAAAUGUGAUAAGGAUUUUAAAUAUGAUAUUAAAGUAGAUAUAGUUUGCUAUAAAUUGGGUUUAUUAAGUUGUUUUUGUUGCUUUGUGAAUUAAAAAACUGUUACUCGGUGCUGUAUACAUU